AGAAAUUAUCGUAGACCGCGACGGGGGACGAAGAAUGAGCUUCGACGACCAAGGUUUUUCUACCCGCUGUUCGAGGGAGUCAGAUGAUGCAAUCAGUACGGCUACGCAAGGACCGAAUUACCCGAAGGUCCUGAUGUUGGUGACCGGCGUGGCAAAGUUCCGAUCAGUCAAUUGCCACCUUUCUUCAUUCAGUUGCCACAGUUCAGUUGCCGUAGCUACGGUGCCUCGAUAGAUCGUUUCUUGGAUCACAACCAACCAUUGGCAGAGGAAUGCCCAGCAACACAAAAAGCAAACCCACCUUCUUGGUAUAGAGCCAUCAUUUCGGAUCUCUCCUUUCCUCUAUCGUUGUAAAUACUAUCGCAGACUUUCGCGUCUCGCACCCUCCGCAUCGCAGACUCUCGCAUCGCGCAUACGCACAAACCAGUACGAAGUUUCAAUGACAACGUCACCGCAAGAAAACGAUGUGGUCAUGGCACGGGUUCGAGAACGCCAAUGGAUUUACCUUGGUCCAAUUGCUGCCGCUCCCAUUGCCCACAUUUGCGUGACGCUCUAUCGGGACGCAAAGACACCUCGAGCCAAGCAACUGCUCUUCGGAGUGGGAGUAAUCGGCACUACUGUUUUGACUAUUGGCACAAGGCUUUACCUGAUGCACCAUGCAGGGUAUCCAGGGGGGACAAAUCCAGAAAUGGCCAAUCGAGAGCGUCUUGUGACCUUGGACGAAAAGAAGAGAAUGGAGAACCCGUCUCUCACGACAAUCGCCAAGGAAGCAUUCCGGGGGUUUGGAUAGCUACCGC